AUGUCUGAAAAAAAUUCAGAAAAUCAGCAAAAUCAACAGCAAUCUCCAAUUUCACCACCUCAGCAGCCAGCAAAUGUUAUAACAACAAAUACAGAUGGUAUUGGUGGAUUUAUAAUCUCUUCUUCAACUUCAACCAACAAUAAUCUAUCUACACCUCCUUCUCCACCUUCGACAAUCCCGUCUUCUCAGCUUCCAUUUGUAGCAGCUCAGUCAAAUUAUAUUAGCGAAGUAGGAAAGAAUAACAAUGAUUUUACACCAGAGGCGACAACAUUUCCAUCAAUGCCGUCAUCAUCCUCUGUGACCAAUCAUGAACCACCUCCCCCGUAUGAAAGAUACGAUACUUUAAAUAUUCAAUCUCAUAGCAAUCAAUCAACCGAAGGACAAGUAUAUAAUGCAGACUUAGCAGAAAUUCAAAACAUUCCAUCUCAUAGCAAUCAAUCAACCGAAGGACAAGUAUAUAAUGUGGAUUUAGCAGAAAUCCAAUCGCCAGAACCAGCAGUAACUUCAAACAUCACUGGACACAUUCUAACAGUUGUAGAAUCAACGACACCGCCAACACAAUCCCAGCAACAAAAUGAACCACAUACUACAGUAAUUUCCGUGGAAAAUGGCAUUGCGCCAAUACAUUAUAAUGUAGAAGGCACAUUUUAUUGUGAUUAUUGUAAUGAACGAGUGAAUCCUCGUAUUACACAUGGACCAUCUGAUACUUCUUG